UAUUCAGCCGGUGAUUCAUGUACAACGCGCGCUCUUCCCUAUAAACCCCGAAAUUAGGGUUUAAGCUCCAAGUCUCCAACAUUACAUAACCAUAUACUGAGAUAUUUCAUUGAUUCACAAUCUCUGCGUUUAACUUAACUUAUAAUUAAUUUAAGCAAGAAAAUAAUACAAUUAUCAUGGAGGACUCAAAUCGAAGCUCACGAUUGACAUGGGAAGGUUGCAGUGUCUUACUUGACAUCAACGAUGGCGAACGUCUUGUUUUUGCUCGCCUUUCUGCUGCUGCGACUUUGAAGAUUGGCAAGACAAAUUUUUCUUUACAGCCACUUGUUGGUUGCCCUUUUGGCUCGUUGUUUCGGGUUGAAAAUGGGAAAGAUAAACCCUACCUAUCUCGCGCUCUUCCCACAGAAGAACGAGGAGGAGAAGGUAAUGAUAUUGAGGAGAAAAAUGUAACAGGUGAAGAACCAAAAGAUAACAGAGCAUUAGUUGAUAACAAUACUGCUCAAAGUCUUACUGGAGAUGACAUAGAUGAAAUGCGAAGUCAGGGUGCAACAGGUGACCAAAUCGUGGAAGCUUUAAUUGCCAAUAGCACUACUUUUGAGAAGAAGACAUCUUUCUCACAGGAGAAGUAUAGGCUUCGUAAGCAAAAAAAAUAUGCUCCUAAAGUGCUUGUUAGGCGUCCUUUUGUUAGAAGCAUAUGCGAUGCAUAUUUCAGAAAGUAUCCUGCUAAAAUUGGUUGCUUGCGAUCAGAUGCUUUAUCUCUGUUGCUUUCGAUGGCCAAUGUUACGGCAUACUCAGAUGUUCUGGUGUUAGAUAUGGUUGGUGGGAUGGUCACUGGAGCUGUGGCCGAACGUUUAGGAGGUACAGGGUAUGUUUGCAAUGUGAAUCUGGGUGUUACACCAUAUCCUAUGGAUAUAGUAAGGAUCUUCAAUUUCAACAAUGACAUAUGCAAACGGAUAGUCCGUUGUUGUCUUAAUGAUCUAUGCUCCCGUCAAAAUGGAGGCGACGCACAAGUGCAGAACAUGCAGGCAACUGAUUCAGCCAAUGAACUAGAUGUUGUGGAUGAAGAAGCUUCUCUGAAGGAAAAUAGGACAUCAGAUGAUGCUUUGAGCAAAACAGCUAAUCGUGACCCCACAACCUGCAAACCAAUAAAAGCAGGAGAAGUUGCUUCAGAAGAGCUUAUUAAUUCAUGGAAGGAAAAGGGUUUCUCUAGCUUAAUAAUUGCUGCACAAGAGCUGGAUGUAGGGAGCCUAAUACAAAAAUUGCUACCUCAUUUGUCAUACUCAGCCUCUUUCGCAAUAUACCACCAAUAUCUUCAGCCACUGGCAGCGUGCAUGCACAAUUUGCAAAGAGAGAAAAUGGCAAUUGGAAUGCAAAUCUCGGAACCCUGGCUCCGGGAAUAUCAGGUACUGCCAUCGAGAACACAUCCACAUAUGCAGAUGAGUGCAUUUGGUGGAUACAUUCUCAGUGGGACUAAGAUUUGUACAAGUGAGUCUAAUGUGCAAUGAUGCUGCUAGGGCAGGUUUUGAGAUAGAUUAUUAUGUUGUCUUACCUCCAAAGCCACUGCUUAGACGGCUUCCUUGUUUGUUUUGAUCGUGUUUUUUAGAGCGUGUACUUUUUUUUUAUUUAACUUGAGCUCCAUCUAUGUAUAAUAUAUCCAUUACUCCCCAACAGAAAAAAAGGCAAUCUGGGUUUGAGUGGAAUAACAAAGGAUGUUCAGGAACACCAUUUUUAUUAGAGAUACAUUUUGUCAUUUGUAUCAAUUGGAUGUUUAUAAAGUUUGUGAUCACAACUAUCAAACUUUACGCGUCCUUGGACAGAGAGAUUUUUUUUUUCCUUUUUUUAAUUAAAUUUUUGUUUUCGGACAGAAGUUAGGAAGAAUUUAUAGAAACUAGGUCGUCAAGGCUCACAAAGUCACAGUACAUUGUAUUUGUAUGUUUGUUCUUUUGACAGGGGUAUGUAUGUUAAAUACUGCAUUGUUAAUAACUUAUUUAUGCUCA